CCUUUUCUGCCCCAAUUUUACAGCAAAUAAGACAUGAUACACUGACAGCAUUUGGAAAUAAACGUUGGCAAGAAGAUGAAAGCAUAAAUCUCAAGACUUUAAACCAAACCAGAAAUGGCUCAUGAGUAUUGAAACAAGAGACCGAAGAGCCUCCAACACUUCUGUGAGAGCAGUGGAAAAGGAACAACUACCAUGGUAACACUAAUAACAGAAAAGCUGCAGAACCAGAGCUUGGAUGAUCUGACAUGUAAAACAUACAAUAUUAAUCUGUACUCAUCUGAGAAGCUGAACAAAAGUGGCAGCUUGUUCCCUUUCGACAUCAACGAAGAGAGUCCUUGGAAAGCUUUAAAUGGGGGUUACCCAAUCCAGACUGACACAACAAGGAGUUCAGCUUACUCUUUCGAAUCUUCCAGUACUUCUAUGGUGUCUGGAUGGAUAAGUGAGUUAAACCUUAAUGAAAACUCGGGUCAACCCUUGGCACCACCAACAAAACGCCAUUGUAGGUCCCUUUCUGAGCCAGAUGAGCUGGCUCGCUGUCGGUCACCGUGGAAGCCUGGCAAUUCAAAGGUUUGGACUCCUGUGUCAAAGAGACGGUGUAAUAGUGGCGGUAGCGCUACCUUGCAACGCUGCAACAGUCACGGAAGUGCAACCUUGCAGAGAAGCACAAGUAUCAGUCUGCCACAAAACAUAUUGUCGCUGAAUAAUGUCUUCACUAUCACCAGCUUCAACACAUCACCAGUACCAAGACCUUCCUCUGCCAGCAGCGGGUUUGUGGACAGUAGCGAGGGCAGCACAAGCUCGAGUACCCGCUGGAAUUCUGGAGGCCCUUGUGACUUUAACCCAAGGCGCCGCCUCUCCCUCUCCCAAGAGCACAUCACUGAGACGGGAAACCUCUUGCCUUCAGCCAACAGCACUCCCACCUCCACACCCGAGCUCAGCCGGCGUCAGGGCUUGUUGAGAUGCCGCUCUCAGCCUUGCGUUCUGAAUGAAAAGAAAAGCCGGCUAAAGCGCAGACGGGAGGAGGAUGUACGAUGGAACAGGCCAUCAUUAGACUUUUUUAAAAUGACACGG